UUGCAUCUGGAGCGGGUCUCAGUUGGAGCCGCAGGCCGCCGGAGCCUCCUCGUCUCCCCUCCGGCCCAGCGGUGGCGGGGACCCGAGCUGUUGGGGCCCGCGCCCCGCGCCCGCCAGUCAUGGUGGGUCACCUGCAUCUGCAGGCCAUGGGGGACACGCGGGAGCAGAGCCGCGACGGCUUGCUGGACAGUCCCGACUCGGGACUGCCCCCUAGUCCCAGUCCUAGCCCGCCCUUCUAUGCCCUGUCGCCGGGCACCCUGGACGCCCGUGCCGCCCCCGAGCCCCCAGGACCCAAUGAGGCACCAGCGGCCACUCCCCUCUUCCAAAGUCCCCCGGCCCUGGAGAUGAGGCCCCGUCUGCUGCCUGUGUUCUUUGGGGAGAGCAUCAAGGUGGACCCAGAACCUCCACAUGAAAUCCGCUGCAACUCGGAGGUCACCUACGCCUCGGAGAGGUACUUCCGCGACAAGAUCUUCUACGUCCCGGUGCCCACGGUCACAGCCUACAGUGAGACCAUCGUGGCGGCACCCAACUGCACAUGGCGCAGCUACCGCAGCCAGCUGACCCUGCAGCCUCGGCCGCGCGCCCUGCGCUUCGGGAGCACCGCCAUCAUCUUCCCCAAGCUGGCCCGCAGCUCCUUCCGCACCACGCUGCACUGUAGCCUGGGCCAGCCCCGCCACUGGUUCUCCUCCAGCCUGCAGCUGCAAUGGAGUGGAGGCCCCGCGCCCAGUCCCCACAGCUCCGAUGUACUCUGAGGAGCCCAGGCUUGGUGGCAGAGGGUGCAGGUCCUUCUGGGAGAGGUCCCCGGAAGACGGACGAGGGGCUCGGCCUAGACCCUGGGCCCCAGGAGGAGACACGGAGCCCCGUGGCCUGCACAAAUGAGCGUGUGGCUGCUCCUGGCAGCCUGUCCCCACCACAGGCUGGGCCUGAGCUCCAGCCUAGAGGAUUCCGUGAAUGCAUCUUUCAUUACCUUUUAUAGCUGCCAGGCUGGAUGGGCAGGGCCAGUACAAGAGCAGGGCCAAGCAUGUCCUGGUGUGCCCUUGAGGCAGAGACAGCCCUGUGUACCACAGGGCACAGAGGACCCAGCCUCAGUAGUGGCCUGGUUCCUAACCUUGUUCUCAGAGAGGGUCGUUUCCAAAACAGGCCCUUCAAAUAUGCUGGUCCCAGCUGAGAACCCCAAGUGCGGAGGGCUGAACUAGCUUCCCUUGGGCUGAGCUGGCAAAGACUGUGGCCUCAGACUGUCCUUCAGGGCAGUCCCAAGGGUCCCCACAAGACGCAUUCCCGACUAGCUUAGAACUUUUGAGCCUCCACGCUUUCUGGCAGGUGGCCAGGGAGGCUUCAAAGCUAAUGAUAGGACACUGCCAGCCCCUGCCUAAGGCCGACUCUGGACUCGAGGUUUUGAUCCCGGCUACAGACUCGAGAGAAACCGUGGCAGCUUCUCUUGGCCUCUCACUCUUACCCGGGAUGGAUCCUACUGAUACCACAGUUUCUGAGCACCCAGGCUCACACCCUUGCAUCUGGGGUGCAGUGAAGGAGAGCCAUGGUUUUGGCUCUUGCCCACAACCUGAUGCUGCCCCAUGGUGCCCAGGCUAAAAUGACUACCCCCACAAGUCCACUGAGAGAUGUCCUUCCAGCCUCAAGUCUCCAGUAGCUGGAAACCUGCCUGCUGCCCCUGUGGUGGCCAGCGGAGGGAAGGGACACCCUUCGUGGGGCAAACAGAACCCAAAUGACUGCUAGAUUUCCCCUCUGUCUAUACAGCUUAUCAGAGGUGCCUCCUGGGUAAAGAACUUAAGAGAUUGGUGACUUAUCUUAAUAAAACAUACACAGCCA